ACCGCAGUUUGCAGGGAGUGUCGCGACUACCACCAGGCGGACUGGAUGAGAAACUGCGUACGGAAACCGCGUUAACUUGGGUGUUAGCCUACGACGCUAGUCAGCCGUCCAGCUAGUGAAACAAACACACUUUGUGUAUUCGUUCUCUCACUCGGCGUCAGUUUUCGUUUUUUGUGUUUAUCAGAAAGGAUGCUCCAAAAUAUCAUGGUCGUUUUUUACGCGAAGUCCUGUUUUAUUAUUCUGACUGACUUGGCAUUGACAUAAAUUUGACGUUAGCUUAGCUGCUUCCGCUGCGGAUGCUGACGACGAUAGCCAUGUUAGCGCUGCCUCUUCAGCGACAACACAAGCGAGGAUGAGGCAGAGCAUGUUGUGGCUUUCCUGCAGGAGAGCAGGACGAUGAGGAACAUCUGCUCCUCUCCCCAGCAGGUAGCAAUGGACCACCGCAGACCCCACCCUCCCAACUCCAGCUACCACAGCCACCAGUCAGCAUACAAAAGAGAGAGAGAUGACGGUGGAGGAAAUCCCAGUGGGAGUAAACGCUUCAGACCAAACCACCACCAGUAUCAGCCUGGGUCAACUCCUGGGCAAAACCCACUCCGCUCUCGGGGAUUGAGCACUAGGAGGGAGCUUUAUGAAAGAGACUUUCCUGUGUACAGACAGCCUGUGGAAGUAGGUUGUUUUUCCCUCGACUCUGAGCGCAGAUUCUUCAACGACAGCAGGCAGAUGAGAUACUACGUGGAACCUGACGGAAAUCCUAAUUUUGACCUGAGGGAUGGAUACACGGACCGCUUUAUAAAGAGAGACGACAGUGUGAAGGAGAAGCUGGACCACAUCCUGCGGUGGACCAUGGCCAAUAGAUCAAAGCUUAAAUCAAGGGUGACCACGGCCUCAUCGUGUGCGUUAGAUGUCGACUUUGUUACAUGGCGGGGUCAUCUGACCAAGCUGCUGACCACCCCCUAUGAGACGCGGGAGGGCUGGUUGCUGGCGGUCACCAAGUUUGGAGGCACGCUUUACAUCAGCGAAGUGGAAACAGAAGCUGCCUGCAGGGAACGAGAGAACCGCACUGAGAGGCACAAAGAGAUGAUGUACUGGGGAUACAAGUUUGAGCAAUACACAUGUGCAGAAAACAUCCACAGUUUACCUGACCCGAGUGGAGUGGUUAACACUAAUGAGGCCUUCUGCACGGUGGUGCAGACUCGGCUUGCAGAUCACAGGCUUCUGUUCUCCGGUGAGGUGGAUUGUCGGGAUAAAGAUCCCAAUGCUCCAGCUCCUCCCGCCUGCUACGUUGAGCUGAAGACCUCUGCAGAGAUCUGCACCCUCAAACAGCGCAGCAACCUCCACAGGUUCAAACUGCUGAAGUGGUGGGCCCAGUCUUUCCUCCCUGGAGUCCCUCGUGUUGUAGCAGGUUUCCGGGAUCACGACGGUGUGGUUGUUUCUGUGGAGACUUUUCACAUCUCGAAGAUUUCACAUCUCAUCAAGAAUGAAUACAACUGCUGGAAGCCAACAGUCUGUAUGAACUUUUGCUGCGAUUUCUUGUCUUUUGUGAAGCAAGUGGCUACUGAAGACAAUCCUAGUGUGGUGUACCUGUUCUCCUUUGAGCCCCACAGAGAUGUGACCUACUCAAUCCACAGGGACUCCCAGUAUUCAUUCCUGCCCCACUGGUAUAUCGAGGAGAUGACCAGAUGUCGAGACUCACACCAUCAGUCCUGAUUUACAUCUGGUCAUUUAGGACUGUUGAUAUACUGUAUGUGACCUCCAAUGGAGGGUUCUUUACCAAAAUACUUUGGCAUUUAAUGUGUGGACGACUUUACUUGUACAACUUUGACGGUGUCACUGAUCACUACUCCGUGAUAUGUUGGAGGGAUUUUUAUAAUUUGUUCAUUUGAUAACUGAGCCAUGGUUUUUCAUGUGGCAUGUGAUUUUAAAUAAAACAAUAAUUACA